UGUUGAGCAUGGACCUCGACCUCCCCCCGCUCCCACUUUUGGUAUAUCCAGCCUGAGGCCGGAAGUCGGUGCUGUGGGGCGGCCUCACACACCUGUACAGAGGGUGGUGGCCUGCGAGGGUCAUUUCUAGCGAGGGAAAGGGCCUUCUUAGCUCGAUCUUGAAACUACGUGUUUACAAAAUCCUGAAACCCAGGGAUAGAUAAAAUCUGCCCCUGCCGGGGGAACGCACGCACGUGUGUCUGGAAAGAGCAUGAAACAGGCGAUAUGACAAGCUCCCAGCCCUUCAUUGCGCUUGGGGAACUAGGACCCGCGGAGGGGCGGGUACCGCGCUCUGCCGGGCCUUGAAGGACGCCUGCUGGGGGAACCAAGGUUUUUAGACCGGCUGGGGGUUAGCUGGCUGGGGAAAGGAAGAGGAAGAGCACUCCAGGAUUGGGACUGUCACACGUGCAUUAAUGGGCAUACAGCAUUAAGUAAAUCGGGAAGCCCAAAGAGAAGAAGAAACAAGCAGCCUGGAGUCCUACCACUAUUGCCCACCUGGAGAUGCUGCAUUCAGGGCCCAGCCUGGGUGCCAUCUUAAGAAAGGAGGCCAUGUCCUUUACAAGCUCAGCUGAGGAUUUCUGUCAGAUUUGACAGGAUCAAAGCUGCAGGACAAUGGACAGCGAAGUACAGAGAGAUGGAAGGAUCUUGGAUUUGAUUGAUGAUGCUUGGCGAGAAGAUAAGCUUCCUUACGAGGAUGUUGCAAUACCCCUGAAUGAGCUUCCUGAACCGGAGCAGGACAACGGUGGCACCACGGAGUCCGUUAAAGAACAAGAGAUGAAGUGGACCGACUUGGCCUUACAGUACCUGCACGAGAACGUUCCCCCCAUAGGAAACUGACCUAGCUCCCUUCUCGCGGGUGGAUUUUUUUUUUAAAUACAGAGAUACAAAAUGUUUUCUUUCAGUCUCGUAAUUCUUAGAUCAACACUAAAAAAUGUAUAUCCACUUAGUUUGUGGCAGCAAAGUGCAAAUGGGAAAUAUCAGAAUGA